CCCCGCUGAAGCGCCUUCGAGCAAAGACCACCGCGGCCCGGGCUGCAGCGGCCAGACGGAUGCCAAGGCCACACGGCAGGCGCGGGGACAGCCGCUGCAGUCGCCGUCCCACGCGGGCUGCGGAUGUCGGGGGCUGCUGAUGAAGUGAUUGAGAAGAAACAGUAAAGACUGUCGUUUUGUAGACAGGACAACAUGGAUCAGCCAUUAACUGUGAAUUCCCUGAAAAAGUUAGCAGCAAUGCCUGACCACACGGAUGUUUCCCUCAGCCCUGAAGAGCGAGUCCGGGCGCUAAGCAAGCUCGGUUGUAACAUCACCAUCAGUGAAGAUAUCACGCCGCGCCGCUACUUUAGAUCCGGAGUAGAAAUGGAGAGGAUGGCCUCUGUGUAUUUGGAAGAAGGAAACUUGGAAAAUGCCUUUAUUCUUUAUAAUAAAUUUAUAACUUUGUUUGUAGAAAAGCUUCCCAGCCAUCGAGAUUACCAGCAGUGUGCAAUACCCGAAAAGCAGGAUGUUAUGAAGAAACUGAAGGAGAUUGCAUUCCCAAGGACGGAUGAAUUGAAAAAGGAACUUUUAAAGAAAUAUAAUGUAGAAUACCAAGAAUAUUUGCAAAGCGAAAACAAAUAUAAAGCUGAAAUUCUCAAAAAACUGGAGCAUCAGAGAUUGAUAGAGGCGGAAAGAAAACGGAUCGCUCAGAUGCGCCAGCAGCAGCUAGAAUCAGAGCAGUUUUUGUUUUUUGAAGAUCAGCUCAAGAAGCAAGAAUUAGCCCGGGGUCAGAUGCGAAGCCAGGAAGCUCCAGCGCAGUCGGAGCAGAUUGAUGGGAGUGCUUUGUCCUGCUUUUCCACACACCAGAACAAUUCUUUGCUGAAUGUAUUUGCAGAGCAGCCUAAUAAAAGUGAUGCAACCAAUUACACUGGCCACUCGCCUCCCGUAAACAGGGCCUUAAAGCCAGCUGCGACGCUAAGUGCUGUUCAGAAUUUAGUGGUUGAAGGACUGAGAUAUGUCGUUUUACCAAGAGAUCUUUGCCACAAAUUUCUGCUUCUGGCAGAAUCUAAUACAGUGAGAGGAAUAGAAACCUGUGGAAUACUCUGUGGGAAACUGACACACAAUGAAUUUACUAUUACCCACUUAAUCGUGCCAAAGCAAUCUGCGGGACCAGACUACUGCGACGUGGAGAAUGUAGAAGAAUUAUUCAGUUUUCAGGAUCAACACGACCUCCUCACUCUGGGGUGGAUCCACACACAUCCGACCCAAACUGCGUUCUUAUCCAGUGUUGAUCUCCACACUCACUGUUCCUAUCAGCUCAUGUUGCCAGAGGCCAUUGCCAUCGUCUGUUCACCGAAGCAUAAAGAUACCGGCAUCUUCAGGCUCACCAGUGCUGGCAUGCUUGAGGUUUCCACUUGUAAAAAGAAGGGCUUUCAUCCACACACCAAGGACCCCAGGCUGUUCAGUAUAUGCAAACACGUGUUGGUAAAAGACAUAAAAAUAAUCGUGCUGGAUCUGAGGUGAUACGUUCGGAAGAUGAGCACCGUCCACACCGGACAUUUACUCAUGGACGUGUGGUUGCUGGAUUUUCUUAAGAUGUUUCCUGAAAUGACUGAUAUUUUAUAUUUAUACAUUUUAGAUCAGAAAGUUUGAUAUUUAUUACUUUUGCACAUUUUGAAGCUUUCUUUUUGGGUUGCUUUGUCUCGAGAGAGAUUACAGUGGAGUUAAAUCAGUACCUAUUAAUGUGCUCAAGUACUAUGACCAGAUAAUAAAUUGUGCUGCACACAACAA